AGGAACCCUGAGAGAGAGAGAGGGCAGGUCACCUGCAUACAAAUUGAAUUAUGGAGAUCCCAGGGGACAAGAACCCAGUUCUGCAGCAGGUGAACCAGUUGUGGUCCAUGUUGGACGACAUGCGUCUGGACAGUCCAGAAAGUUAUCGGACCUUUAUUGAGAAACAGCUACAGGAAGGCGCGGACUUCUACUCCCCUCCUCAACCCGACUCCUGCAUUCGAGUGGCAAUAUUAGGCCAUGAACGGGGCGUCCUGUACAUCAACGUGUGCGGCUGGAAGAGGGUUCCUGCUCCCAGCUCCACUGAGCAUCCUGUGCCGGUGUGUGGAGGAAGACUGGACACGCACACUGAGGGGAAAGAGCAGUACAGCGUGCUGGAUGUGGCAUUCAGCCCUGAGGUGGUAGAGCGAGCGCACGGGGACCCGCGGGAGAUGGAACAGCUCCACCUGCUGGCCGUGAGCUACGCCCAGCAGCAGCACGGCCUGAGUCUGGCCCAGCGUUACACCGCCCUCUCCACCGCCUGCAAGGGCAGCGCUCAGGGCGUCAAGGACCGCCUGGUGUCACCGCGGCAACCACAACAACCCGUCCCGCCGCCAGCAGAGCCCAGCGCAGCUCCUUCUCUCCUGCAGCAGGUCUCGUCCCUGCGUGGGGAUGGGGGGUUGGCUUUGGAGGGGACAGAUGACCCCGCCGCAGGGACGGUGACCCUUGACCUGGGUAGGGGUGAGCAGCCCGCCAGGCCAGGGCUCAUCCAGGUGAUCUCCAGCUCAGAGAGCUCCGUCCCGCGACGCCCGGUCCACCGGCUCACGCUGCGCCCGGGCACAGGUGCCACGGGCGACGAGGGGCGCCCCCGCAGUCUGGAGCUCGCCAUAGAACUCCCGGGGGUUUGCUCUGCCAGAGAAUGCCAGCUCAGCAUCUCACAGGAUGACGUACUACUUGAAGUAGAGGACAUGUACCAACUCCAUCUCAACCUCCCGGAGACAGUGAACGAGGAGACUGCCACAAGCGCCUUCAACGUGCGCACACACACACUAACUCUCACAGUGUCUGUGCUCUAACACACACACAGACACACAUUAGCACUAACUCUUCAACUGUCUGUGCUAUAAUGCAUAAACAUUUAUUUUGACCCUCACGUGUGUUCUGUAACACACACACACACAUGGUGAUCCAAUACACACACACGCACACACACGUGUUACAGUACAUUGUACAUUGUGUUCCUUUGCCCUUUCUGAUGUCUGAUGUGGCCCAAACACAUACAUCUACAUACUUGCACUGCCCCAGAUUCACCUGGUGUGUGCAUGCAAACACACACUCUCUCUCUCACACACACACACACACACACACACACACACACACUUGUAAUGAAACAUGGUUCCAAUACUGCCAUCCACUCACUUGCUCACACAAACAACCCAAAUCAAAAGCAAGAACACACAGCAGCCAGAGGUGAAGCCCACAGUCUUCAUAUAUUAACAUACAGGUCCCACGUACAGAUGACACAAUAGGGGCAGGCUAUGUGUACAGACACACACAGACACACACACAGACACACUGGAGGGCUUAAUAUAAGCAGUACUGUUUACAGGUGCCUGAUGUAAGCACCACCUCAGUGUGUGUAUGUGGGUGUGUUUGUGUGUGUGUGUUUAUGGCCCCAAACCCAAAACACACAGAGCACAAUUAAGUCUCUUGGCUUUGUACACGCUUUUCUUGGCUUUCCUGACACUGAACUCUGUUUGUGUUACCCACCGUUUCAGGGGUUAAUCUUGUUGAGUCUUCUAAUUAAAUAACAUUUAGAACAUA